GUUUAUUAGCUUUGGAAAGCGAAUUCGUGUCCAAAUCGAGAAAAUAAGACAUGUGCAAUGUGCGACAUUUUUCCAACAUCAUGACACUUAUUUGGAGUCUGUGGCUCAAGUGACCCCGCCUCUUUAACAAAAACCUACUCCCGAACAACUGAUAUAAAGUGUAUUUACGGUCUGACUGCGGAGAACAGGCUAAAAAUAAAAAUAUCGCGUGGAACAAAAUGCCUGCAGUCUCUAAAGGAGAUGGAAUGCGUGGCCUCGCUGUGUUUAUAUCGGACAUUAGGAACUGUAAAAGUAAAGAAGCAGAGAUCAAGAGAAUUAACAAAGAGUUGGCCAACAUCCGCUCAAAAUUUAAAGGAGAUAAGGCACUAGAUGGCUACAGUAAGAAGAAAUAUGUGUGCAAGCUGCUUUUCAUAUUCCUUCUUGGCCAUGACAUCGACUUUGGCCACAUGGAGGCAGUCAACCUGCUCAGCUCCAACAAGUACACAGAGAAACAAAUUGGUUACCUGUUCAUCUCAGUGCUGGUCAACUCAAACAGUGACCUCAUCAGUCUUAUCAACAAUGCCAUAAAGAAUGACCUGUCCAGCAGGAAUCCCACUUUCAUGAACCUGGCCUUGCACUGCAUUGCCAAUGUGGGCAGCAGGGAGAUGGCUGAGGCUUUUGCAGCUGAGGUGCCCCGCAUCCUGGUGGCUGGGGACACCAUGGACAGUGUGAAGCAGAGUGCUGCCCUGUGCCUGCUGCGUCUCAACAGGACCUCUCCAGACCUGGUACCCAUGGGCGAGUGGACCACCCGGGUGGUUCAUCUGCUCAAUGACCAGCACCUGGGUGUGGUGACUGCUGCCACCAGCCUGAUUACCACACUGGCACAGAAGAGCCCAGAGGACUUCAAGACCUCUGUCUCCUUGGCUGUAGCCAGACUCAGCAGGAUCGUCUCCUCAGCCUCCACUGACCUACAGGACUACACCUACUAUUUUGUUGCAGCUCCCUGGCUUUCUGUCAAGCUCCUGCGUCUCCUACAGUGCUAUCCUCCGCCUGAGGAUGGUGCGAUCCGGGGCCGUCUGACGGAAUGUCUGGAAACCAUCCUGAACAAGGCCCAGGAGCCUCCCAAGUCGAAGAAGGUGCAGCACUCCAACGCUAAGAACGCUGUGCUGUUUGAGGCCAUCAGUCUAAUCAUCCACCAUGACAGCGAGCCCACUCUGCUAGUGCGGGCCUGUAACCAGCUGGGCCAGUUCCUCCAGCACCGGGAGACUAACCUGCGCUACCUGGCCCUGGAGAGCAUGUGCACCCUAGCCAGCUCCGAGUUCUCCCAUGAGGCUGUCAAGACACACAUCGAGACGGUCAUAAAUGCCCUCAAAUCGGAGAGAGAUGUCAGUGUGCGUCAGCGUGCUGUGGACCUGCUCUAUGCCAUGUGUGACCGCAGCAACGCCAAACAGAUUGUAGCAGAGAUGCUCAGCUACCUGGAGACAGCAGACUACUCCAUCAGAGAGGAGAUAGUGCUAAAGGUGGCCAUCCUGGCAGAGAAGUAUGCAGUUGACUACACCUGGUAUGUUGACACCAUCCUCAACCUGAUCCGCUUCGCUGGGGACUAUGUCAGUGACGAGGUCUGGUACCGCGUCAUCCAGAUCGUCAUCAACAGAGAUGAAGUACAAGGUUAUGCUGCCAAGACAGUGUUCGAGGCACUCCAGGCCCCAGCCUGCCAUGAGAACCUGGUGAAGGUCGGAGGGUACAUUCUAGGGGAGUUUGGGAACUUGAUAGCAGGAGAUUCAAGGUCAAGUCCACUCAUCCAGUUUGACCUGCUCCACUCCAAGUUUCACCUGUGCUCAGUGCCCACCCGGGCUUUGCUGCUCUCAGCCUACAUCAAGUUCAUCAACCUUUUUCCUGAGGUGAAGGGCACCAUCCAGGAGGUGUUGCGCUCAGACAGCCAGCUCCGCAAUGCAGACGUUGAGCUACAGCAGCGUGCUGUGGAGUACCUGCGCCUCAGCUGCAUUGCCAGCACUGACAUACUGGCCACGGUGUUGGAGGAGAUGCCUCCCUUCCCUGAGAGGGAGUCCUCUAUACUGGCCAAACUCAAGAGGAAGAAGGGACCAGGAAACCUGCAUCUCGAUUUGGAUGAGAACCGCAAAGAACGCAGUGUCAACGGGGGUACUGCAGACCAUAGCAGCACUACCUCAAAUGCCAAGGCCCCCAUGCCCCCCCAGGCCUCUGCUGUCCCCGUGCUGCGCUCUGCUGGGCCCCUCUUUCAGGUGUUCGCGUCCCCCACUACCUCCACAGACCUGCUUGGCCUGGGCAGCACCAUUGCCACUCAAAACUCUGCCCCUCCUGCCUCCAAGGGGGCAAGCCUGCUGGUGGAUGUCUUCUCUGGAAACACAGCAGCCUUUCCUGUAGAGACACCAGUGGCAGUGGGGCCUGUUGCAGAUGAGAACUUCUCCAGUUUCCUGCCGAAUACUCCACAAGUAGCAUAUGCCAACGCCACUCUGCCCACUGCAGAGGAACCUGAAGACAAGUUUGUUUGCAAGAACAAUGGUGUCCUGUACGAGAACCAGCUCCUCCAGAUCGGCCUGAAGUCUGAAUUCCGACAGAAUCUGGGUCGGAUGUAUGUGUUCUUUGGUAACAAGACAUCAACCCAGUUCAUGAAUUUCGCUGCCUCUGUGGUCUGCCAAGAUGCUCUGCAGGCUCAACUGAAUGUCCAUGCCAAGCCUGCAGACCCCACUGUGGACGGGGGUGCACAACUCCAGCAAAUACUCAACAUUGAAUGUGUGUCUGACUUUGUGGAUGCACCAGUGCUCAACAUUCAGUUUAGGUACGGGGGAACUCUCCAGAACAUUGCUGUUAAACUGCCUAUUACUUUAAACAAGUUCUUCCAGCCUACAGAGAUGACAUCGCUGGACUUCUUUCAGCGCUGGAAACAACUUGGAGCCCCUCAGCAAGAGGUACAAAAUAUCUUCAAAGCAAGGCAUUCCAUGGACAUAGAGGUUACCAAAGCCAAGAUAAUGGGGUUUGGUGCUGCUUUGCUGGAUGGGGUAGAUCCAAACCCCUUCAACUUUGUGGGAGCUGGUGUCAUCCAUACAAAGACCACCCAGGUUGGCUGCCUCUUGAGACUGGAGCCUAAUACUCAAGCACAGAUGUACCGCUUAACACUCAGGACAAGCAGAGGUACUGUGUCACAGCGCCUGUGUGAUCUGCUCUCAGAACAAUUCUGAACUGUUUCCAGAUCAGGUCCUCUUACUUGGCAUACCACAGAACUGUACAAGCUCCCCCUGCCACUUCUGAAGACACCACAUAGUUCAUAACAAACAGGUCACACUUAUCCUUCCCGUCUGUUUCAAUUAAAUUGGAAUUGAUAGUGUAAAUUAUUUUUUAUAUUUGACUUAUUAUAAAUGUACUGUAUAUCAUUUUUCACUCACUUUACUAAUAUUUCACUGCAUUAAAUCUGCCUUAUGUCCUUGUGCGCAAAGAA